AGCUAGCGGUAGCUUGUAAUAGCUUUUCAAUCGGUCAAUGCCCAAAGAAAAAACCAUUACAAUGAAUCGGGGUCUGUUUCAAGUGCUUUUCCCAAUUUUUCUAGUCAUUAUACCAUCACUUUCACAGAUUUCCUUCGGAACACUUGGCAGAGGAUUAAACUCGGGGUACUUACAAAAUGGAGGACUUAUCUAUCCAAAUGGUGAUGGAUCAGGGCCGCAAGCAAGCAGUUUGGCUGCAGCAAUUUAUGGAGUGGCAGUUCCUCCCGGAUUUAGCCAGUUUUCGGCUUCGGAAAAUUUCUUUGGGGACAACAAAGGCGACCUGUUUUCGGAUAGUUUCGGAGGCAGUGGAAUAAGCGAUGGAAUCAAGCCUGCCGAUUUAUUACUUGGGACAGGAAUACAUACAGGUGGAAACGGAGGUGGCCAAAGAGGAAGUUAUUCAACAUAUAUAUCAGAUUUUUCAGCGUUUGGUGAUUUUGGGCACCAUGCAAACAAUGACCAAAAACCGUCGUCUUCUAGUUUAGUAGAGAUCGACCCAAUUGCAGCACGAUUCGGGGUUGUGAUUCCCAACGUAGAUCAAGUUCCAUUUGAUCCCUCCCUUAGUGGAUCUACAGAAACAUUCAGCGGAAGCACUAGCACUGGUGCAGAUAAUGGAAGAAAGGACCUUUUCGAUAUUAGUCCAGUAGAAACCAGCAUUAAAUUUGAUUUACCUACUCGCACUUCCCUGUCCGAUGUCGUUCAGUUUCCACCUCAGUUUAGCACAAACAUCAACAAUUUAUCAGUUGCUUUUGCCAGCCAGAAUGGAUUGCCUAGAAUAGAUGAAUCUUUCUCAGUGGACAAGGCAUCAAACAGCCCCUCUUCAAGUGAAAUCGGAAAGAACCAAGUGGAUGUUAUUACAACAGCGUUCAAGUUUGCCGAUGACCAGAUCAUUAAAACGGAAGAAAUAAAACGAAACUUUGAACAUGCCACCGUUGCUCACACAGCAUCUGGCAAAUACACCGCUAGCACAUCAUCUACCGAAAUUGGGGACCCAACGAAGAAUCUUGAAAAAGGAACUGGAAACGUUCGCACUGUUGCCAUCAAAGAAAAAACUGAUCAACCAAAGACAAAAAUUCCUCCUAAACAAAAGGAAACUACAAAAACGUCUAACGAGUUCAUCGUUUCUCAAAUCAAGUCCACCUCACCUUACGUUUACCGAGGCAGCCAACGUGGCCAACAAGAAGCGCAAGAAUCAGAAAGAGACACAAUUAUUACUGAUGCACCCGAAAAUUUACCGGAAUUCCAAUAUCUAAAGGCAGCUGAAAAUGACGGUGAAUCCUACACUGCUCGUCCAAAAGAACCCGUAGCAACGUAUAAUUCUUACGGCUUCCUUACAUCACCUGGCUACCGCACAAACCACAAUUAGUUCUCAAGGUUCACAUAGAUAUUGUAAAUUUUCUAAACAUAAACCUGAUCGCUUCCU